AUGACUGCCUCUACCAGCUCAGACUCGCACCUCCUCACCCCCGUCGACUCUGUCACGGUCAACCCCUUUCUCUAUCGCGUCGACGACGACGUUACCUUCCUCGAGCUCGACGCCUACCGUUCGUUUCCUUCUCAGCACGUCCUCGUGCUCGGUGGCGCUGGCUUUAUUGGCUCCCACACCACCCUUGAGCUCCUCAAGGCGGGCAAGAACGUCAUCAUUGUCGACGACCUCAGCAACAGCUUCUCGGUCGUCGUCGACAAGAUCCUCCUCGCCGCCACAGUCUGGUGCAAGGCCAACGACAGGAAGGUGCCCAGCCUCCGCUUCGAGAACCUCGAUUACCGAAGUCAAGACCUCGCCGCCCUGCUCGACGAGUAUGCCAUUAGUGGCAGUUCCGCCCUCCGCUCGCGCAUCUCCGGUGUGAUCCACUUUGCCGCCUUCAAGUCUGUCUCCGAGUCCAUCUCGCAGCCCAUCGACUACUACCGCAACAAUGUCUGCGGCCUCGUCGAUCUCGUCGCACUCCUCGACACGUACGGUAUCCACAAGUUUGUCUUCUCCUCCUCGGCCACCGUGUACGGGACUAAAGCGGACCUCGGCCAGCCACUGAGCGAGUACGACGUCGUCCACCACCCCGAGUCAUUCCUCGACCGCCACGGUGACGUUUCGCACGCCACACCAGGUGUCACGGGGCUCACUUCCCCCUACGGUCGAACAAAGUACUUUGGCGAGGCUAUUCUCGCCGACGUCGCAUACUCUGCUCCCUCCAAGUGGAGCAUUGUGGCUCUGCGCUACUUCAACCCGAUCGGGUGCGACGCCUCGGGCCUGCUGGGCGAAGACCCGCGUGGCGUCCCCACCAACCUGUUCCCAGUCAUCACCAACGUGCUCACUGGCCGCACGUCGCACCUCAACAUUUUUGGCAGCGACUGGGACACGCGCGACGGCACCGCCAUCCGUGACUUUAUUCACGUGUCCGACCUCGCUCGUGGCCACAUUGCCGCCCUCGACAUCAAGAUCGCCGAGCCAUUCCGUACCUUCAACCUGGGGACGGGCAACGGCACGACCGUCGCCGAGGCCGUCUCGGCACUCGAGCACGCCUCGGGACGCAAGGUGCCUGCUGUGCUCGCUCCCCGCCGCCCAGGCGACGUCGGUUCUUGCGUCGCCCGCAACGAACGUGCACUCUCCGAGCUGAAUUGGACGACCACCGAGUCGCUCCAGCAGUGUGCCUUGGACCUGUGGAACUUUGUGUCCAAGGCGGCUGUGGAGCGCUAG